AUGAUUGCAGAGAAACGAAGGUUCUACACAAAGUUGUUUAUCUGUGUAGGCGUGAUGUUUGUAUCACCACUGGUUGUUCAUGCGGUAGGAAGACUGUCUGGGAGUGAUUCGCCAUUGCUUUCGUUUGGGUCGCUCAUUCUUGUGCUAGGAUCGAUGGGAAUGAUCUGCAAGCUUGCGAUUGAUAGAGAGGCAGAAAAGAAGAAUAGGAGGGAAAGGAAGAUGAAGAAUAAAUGA